GGCCGCAAACCCGAAAGCGCAAGUUUCACAUCUGUGAGACUUUCUUAAAGGGACAACAGCUUCACGUGGUCAGAUCCUAGAAAUGCGACUUUCAGAGUCUGAGGGUGAACUAGAGCCGCUCCAGUCUGAUGGGGCCAGCGAGAGCAGCCACUGCAGCCUGGACGAGGACUACGUUCCCAGGGGUUUGGGCUCUGGAUCAGAAAAGAAAGUCUUCACUGAUGAGUGGAAUUGCAGCCCUGCAAAGAGAAGAACUUCGAGGAGGAAAUGCCGUUCUGUAUAUGCCGCUCCACUGUUAUCACCACUGAAUUCUGCAUCCAAGAUACCGGAGGAGGGCCACACUUGUAAAAAGGCCAACAAUGCAACUACACCCAAAAAAGGAUCAUCCUCCAGAAAUUCUUGCAAGAGACUCUUCAGUCCAGGCAGGAACACUCAACGCAGCAAACGGCAAAGGCUAGAUGAAGAGUCAGACAAAGAUGAAGAGGAUACUGAAGACCGUUGGCGAAAUAUUGAUGAGGAAGAUCCUGAACCUCCUCAGCCACGGUUUCGACCACAGAGGGAUGCAGGUCCUCAGCUGAACAGAACAGCGAGUUACACACCGCUUGAGCUGUUCCAGCUUUUCUUCACUACUACGGUAAUUGCUACACUGGUAAAAAACACUAAUACAUAUGGGGAGAAGAAAUGCCAAGGCCAGAGGGAAAGCUGGGUGCCAGUUACAGUAGAAGACAUGUACUCUUACAUCAGCCUUGUCCUCUACAUGGGCAUAGUACCACUAAAAACUCUAAAAGAAUUCUGGAGAGGAUCUACGCUAUUCAGUCUGCCAUUUCCUGCUUCUGUCAUGCCUUGCAGACGUUUCCUAGCCAUAUCCCGUAGCCUGCAUAUGAAUGAUCCUGCUAAGGAAGCAGCCAAUGACCAAAAGAAGGGAACACUGGGUUAUGAUAGACUCUUUAAGAUAAAGCCACUGUAUGAGCAGAUUUUGGAGGCCUGUCACACUUACUUUCACCCAUACCAGCAUAUCUCCAUAGAUGAACGAAUGGUGGCGAGCAAAGCAAGGUUCGGAUUUAAGCAGUACAGCAGAAAUAAGCCAACAAAAUGGGGAUUUAAGCUCUAUGUUUUAGCAGACUCAAUAUGUGGCUACACCCUAAACUUUUUUGUCUAUGUGGGGAAAGAUGGGGAACCCACAGGGAAGGGGAUAAGCUAUGAUGCUGUGAUGAGACUACUAAACAUUCCUUUUCUUGGCCAAGGCUACAAGCUCUAUGUCGAUAACUUUUACACUAGUCCAACUCUAUUCCUUGACCUUCUUAAAAAGAAAAUCUGGGCCUGUGGCACUAUUCGUUCCAAUGUAGCAGGUUAUCCCAAGGCAAAAAUGAACAACAUGCCAGAAAAAACAUCCAGAGGAACCAUUAGGUGGAUCAGAAAAGGAGAUCUAUUGUUUGUGAAGUGGUUUGACACCCGAGAGGUAACGAUGUGCUCCACCAUGCACAAAGCUUACAGCCAUGAUGUGGCAAAGCGAAAAGUGAAAAACGAACAGGGACAGUGGACAGUAAAGCAUGUGCCCAUUCCAGGCUGUAUCAAAGAUUACAACAAGCACAUGGGAGGUGUUGACUUGUCUGAUGCACUUAUUGGCUACUACAAUGUCCUUCAUAAAACACAGAGAUGGUACAAAACUCUGUUUUAUCACUUUGUUGAUAUAGCAACAGUAAAUGCCUUUAUCCUUCACAAAGAAAUGUGCAAACUGCAAAAUCGGUCUACAGAUACACAGAAAAUCUUCAGAGAAAAGCUAAUUUUGUCCCUGGCUCAGAUAGGUUCUACUCCACGCAGGUCAGGCCCACAAAAUCUUAUGUCUGUUGUUACGUUAAGAAUUCCCCCUGUGCCUCCACUGAACGUCAAGCCUGGUGCAUUGACCACAGUGCCACCUUCCUCCCCUUCUAAUGUGGAGCUUGCUUCAGCUUCUUCCUGCUCUCAGGUCAACCAGAAUGUUUCCACUGGUGAAGCAGCUGAUCCAGAACCUGAUGUCCCAGGUUUAGGGCACCUGCCUGCUUACUUUUUUAGACAAAUGACCAAUGUGGCCUCCAGAAAUCGGGCCACUGCUGGAAGGAGGUCAUGUGUGGUCUGCAAAAGAAAAUCACCAGUCUACUGCAGCACUUGUCACAAGACACUUUGUUUCACAACUCUAAGAAACUGCUAUAGUGAAUGGCAUAGAAGCAAUAACAUCUGUGUCUAGUGGAAUGGACGAAGCCUACUAACAUUUACAUCUUUAGCAUUGGUUUACCUGUAAUGAAGUCACUUUUUCUCUUUUUUGAAAAAAACUAACUGACUGUUAUCUCCUAGUAUUCUUUUAUGGUCAUACUUGAAGGAUUAUUUAGAUUGUCUCCUAGCAAUUUGCAAUAUAGAUAAAAGAUAAAGAAUAGGUAAAUGGCCUGAACUUGUAUAGCGCUUUAUUACGUUCUUAGACCCAAAGCGCUUUACACUACAAUCAGUCAUUCACCCAUUAAUGCACACAUUCACAGUGGUGAGCUACAAUGUA